CGUUCACGACCGAGCCGUCAAUACAGCACCGUGCUGUGCUGUACCGCGGACGGGGCCGUUCUGCUGUGUUUGUUCGCGGUCCGACUCGCCGUCUAGCCAGUGCUAUGUGUGUGUUCGUGCUGUUCUAGUGUGUCCGGUGCGCGGGCCGGCUCCGUGAGUGCUUCGAGGCGUCGUGGUGUUCAGUGCAGUGAAAAUUAAAUCAUCAGUGCUAAAAGUGUGCAGUGAUCAGUGUUAAACCGAGGUCGGGAAGGCCUUCGGUGGCCGCCCCUGGGGGUGGCAGUGUGAGAAAGUGCUCUUGUUUCGAUACUACCGCCUCUCGUUUUACCUGGUGCUACUAGUGUUCUCUCUCUUCAACCUCUACCACCUUUUGCUUCGAAGUGUGUGCGACGUGUGAAGUGCGCCGCCCUUGUGGAUUACCUCGCCGACUGGAUAUUGGAUUAAACCUCAAGAUGGAGGCCCGCCAACUGGAUAACUGGCACCUCCUCUUCGCCCUCUUCGCCCUCGCCCUCGCCACCACAGCCGUCUCCGCCGCCGAAGAUGACCGUGCCGGCCCCGUGUUCAUCCACGAGCCGGUGAACCGCGUGGACUUCUCCAACACGACCGGCGCCACCGUGGAGUGCUCCGCCAUGGGCACUCCCAACCCGGAGAUCGUCUGGAUCCGACAGAACGGCACCGCCGUCACCGACGUGCCCGGCCUGCGACAGGUCCUACCCAACGGCAACUUGGUGUUCCCUCCCUUCCGCGCCGAGGACUACCGGCAGGAGGUGCACGCACAGGUGUACGUCUGUCUGGCACGCAACCCCGUGGGCUCCGUCCACUCCCGCGACGUCAACGUGCGAGCAGUGGUGGCUCAGAACUAUGUGACGGAGGCAGAGAACGAGUAUGUGAUCCGGGGCAACAGCGCCGUCAUGAAGUGCAAGAUCCCGAGUUUCGUCGCCGACUUUGUCACGAUAGACGCUUGGCUGGCGGACUCCGGGGAGGUUCACAUGUACAACAAGAACAAGGGCCAGACGGACUAUGAUGGCAAGUAUUUGGUGCUGCCCUCUGGAGAACUUCACAUUCGGGACGUCGGCCCGGAAGACGGAUACAAAACCUAUCAAUGUCGCACCAAGCAUCGUUUGACCGGCGAAACUCGUCUCAGCGCUACCAAAGGUCGUCUAGUCAUCACCGAGCCCACCAAUACGAUGAGGCCUAAAAUUGCAAGGAAUGGCAUUGAGUUCAAGGACGUGGACUCGGGGCGGGACGUCGCCCUGCUGUGUCCAGGACAGGCCUUUCCGGUCCCGUUCUACAGGUGGUACAAGUUCGACGAAGGCAGCACUCGCAAGCGGGCCGUCACCCUCAACGACCGGGUCAAGCAGGUCAGCGGGACUCUGAUCAUCAAGGAAGCGGUUGUCGCAGACUCUGGCAAAUACCUCUGCGUCGUCAACAACACCGUCGGAGGAGAAAGUGUGGAAACAGUCCUUACCGUUACAGCUCCCUUGUCAGCAACUGUUGACCCUCCAACCCAAACUGUGGAUUUUGGAAGACCUGCUGUCUUCACCUGUGUAUACAAAGGCAAUCCCGUGAGAACCAUUACAUGGAGCAAGGAUGGCAAGGCUCUCAAUCAUGAUGGACCUGUACUGCGGAUUGAUUCUAUCAAGAAGGAAGACAAGGGAAUGUAUCAAUGCUUUGUUCGCAAUGACCAAGAGAGUGCCCAGGCAAUUGCUGAGCUUAAACUGGGGAGUCGAUUCGAUCCACCCUUGAUCGUUCACGCUUUCCAAUCUGAGACUCUCCAGCCUGGCCCACCUGUCCAUCUGAUGUGUGUUGCUUCUGGAAACCCAACCCCCGAGAUUACUUGGGAGCUUGAUGGAAAGAAACUGACAAGCAGGGAGAGAAUCCAAGUUGGGCAAUACUUAAAAAUGAACGGCAAUGGCAAUGUGGUUUCUCAUCUCAACAUCUCAUCAAUUCAAACAGCCGAUGGUGGUCUAUACAAGUGCAUUGCAUCCUCAAAGGUUGGAUCUGUUGAACAUGCUGAAAGGCUCAACGUGUAUGGUGUCCCAUUCAUCCGCCCAAUGGAUAAGCGCCCAAUUGUUUCCGGAGAGACUUUGUUUGUUACCUGCCCAGCUGCUGGAUACCCAAUUAAAUCAAUCACUUGGGAAAGAGAUGGCCGUACUCUUCCUAUUAAUCGUAAACAGAAAGUUUUCCCCAAUGGCACACUGAUCAUAGAAAAUGUGGAAAGGCAGUCUGAUCAAGCGACAUACACGUGUGUUGUGCAAAAUGAACAAGGAUUUUUAGUGAAAGGAAACCUGGAAGUUGCAGUUAUGGGUAAGUUAAAAGAGUUCCACCAUGACACAAAUAAUAAUUUGGUUGCAAUACUUUCCAAUCAAAAUGAAAAAUUAUUGUUUGUGUCAUGUAAAAGUUCUAAUGUUUUCAGAGUACUUGUUUGAUGUUCCCUAUGUUUG